CAACAUUUUUAUGUAAUGUAUGCUUCUAACCAUGGUUUGUUUUCAGGCGAUUCCGACAUUCUCAGGAGCAUGCCGGGCGACCAGUAAUUUUGUUAAGAUCGUGCUUUCCGGUGAUUGCUGUUUUCCCCUCUAAACUGUGUCAUUUUAAUUUUAAUUGUGGUUCUUCAAUGCUAGUUGGUUGACAUGUACCAUCACACCAUCCAGAUUCUGGAAGUGUUUUGAUGUUUGGUUGAUGAAUUUUGCUUCUUGGAUGAAAUGAUGAACUGUGCCUUUCCUUUAAUUAUUUAUCUUUAUUUACAUACGAGUAGCAUUAUGUGUCAUAAACAUGACUUUUAUGAACUAUUUUCAUCAUCCAAAAACUUGUCCUUACAAAACCCCCCCAAACAGGUACCUGAGUAUUCUUUAUGUGCUCUAUUUGGCCAGUUUUAUUCUGGUGCUCUUGUGUAGAAAAUGUAUUUUCUACAAUACUAGCCUUAACAUCCCCUUCUUUAAGUUCGGACAUGAGAUGUUCGAAACCGGAUGAAAUGUCAAAAAUUCAUUACAAAAAUAAUUAAUUAUUGAUUAGUUCGGACUCCGGUCGAAAUGACUAAUGAAACUAAUCUCAGAUCUCCACGUGUGCUAUCUAAGUUCAUAUCUGCAAUACGUGCUAGAAGUGAGGCGGGGGAAGUUAAACGUUGCCUUGCUGAAUACGAAAGAAUUUCGGGUUGGGGAAAGAAAUUACUUUCCAGGGCAGGCAAAGAGAUCUUGCUAAAGACGGUGGCACAGGCUAUGCCUCAAUAUGCCAUGAGCGUCUUUUUGUUACCAUAGGGGCUUUGUGAGAAGAUUGAACGUCUGAUGAAUUCCUUUUGGUGGACAAUCAAGGCUUCCAAUUGACACAUAAAAUUCAUAAUGAGCACUUUAUUUGCAAUAUCUUAGUACAAUCUUCUUUCUUGAACUUCAGGUUCACAUCUUCUUUAAUUGAAGAAUAUAUGUAAUCUCGCAUAUGUCAUGAAAUUUAUCUUCCAUUCAACUCCUUCAAAAACCUUCCCUCAGUGUCUACCUACCAUUGUGGUAUCUUGAUAAUUUAUCUUAAUUUAAGCCCAUUAAGCAUCCGCUCCAAAUGAUUACCACAUAAAUGAAGAUUCAAAAUCUAGUAUAAAAUGAUUUGUUCUCAUAAUCAAAGUAUAGCCACUAAUUCGAUGCACUUUGCAUAUUAACUAGAACUGCAGGCUCUUUUGUG